CUAUGAGGACGGCACCAUGUGUCCUGUGACCUGCCGUGUUAUCAGAGAACCGAUCCAGAGGUGGUCUCCGUGUGGUCUGUGUUCACGGAGACAUACCGAUGCUGUCUGUCCCUCGCGGGGGAAGUCCUGAUUUCAUUCGCUGCUCAUUGGCUGGAGGAGCUCAGGAAUUCCUCCGGGUCCACCAUGUGGUUCAGCUCGGCUUCAGGAACCCGGGCCAUCACAUUCCAGCAGAACAAAGAGGACCGGCCCACUCCCGUCUCCAGACCUCUGGACUAAAGACACGUCCAACACCCUGACGUCUGUAAACCUUCAGCCUAAUGAGAGUCUUCGAGACCACGUCUUCCAGACCACGUCUUCUAGACCACGUCUUCCAGACCACGUCUUCUAGACCACGUCUUCCAGAUCACGUCUUCUAGACCACGUCUUCCAGAUCACGUCUUCUAGACCACGUUUACACGGAUGAACGUUGUGUGUCUCAAAGUCUCUCUCACUUCCAGACCAUGCUGAAGACGAGGCUGAACGUGCUGACCCUGAGGAAGGAGCCGCUGCCCACGGUGAUCUUCCACGAGCCCGAGGCCAUCGAGCUGUGUUCCACCACGCCGCUCGCAAAGGGGAGGAGCCACGCCGGCUACAAGGUGGCCUACCUGGAUAAAGUGGCGAUCUCUGGGACCCAGUUCCUGUCGGGCUGCACAGAGUCGGCGGUGGUGGGUCUGGUGGAGGGUCGGGCCCUCGCCCGGCAGCACGGCACCGAUGGCAACUCCCUGCUGGAGAUCCGUCCCUUCCAGGUGCGCCUGCACCACCUGGACGGGCACGGCGAGGCCUCGGUAACCAUGGACACCUACCAGGUGGCGCGGAUCGCCUACUGCACGGCCGACCACGACGUCAGACCCAACGUCUUCGCCUGGAUCUACCGGGAGAUCAACGACGACCUGACCUUCCAGAUGGACUGCCACGCCGUGGAGUGCGAGAGCAAGCUGGAGGCCAAGAAGCUGGCGCACUCCAUGAUGGAGGCGUUCCGCAAGACGUUCCACAGCAUGCGCAGCGACGGCCGCAUCCACCAGAGCGGCUCGUCGGACGACUUCAACGAGGACUCGUCCAGCCCGGAGGACUCGACCCCGGACGAUUGAACUGGAACUCUCCUGAACCCCCGAGGCCCACCCUGACGGAGCGAGGGGGUCACUGGACAGAUGCGCUCUCUCUCUUCCCCCCCCCCGACCACCACAUGAACUGACCCUGUGAACCAACUCGUCCAGCACAAUGAAGUAGCGUUUAAUUGCUGUCAAGGUGUAUGAACAAGGAGGUACAAACGACCGACAUCUACAUCCAGGGGUACCAGAGCGCUCAAUGAUUGGCCCUCAGAGACCCCCAGAGACCCUCAGAGGGUCCUUCAAGUCCUCCAGAGGUGGACUCUUCAGCCACCGUGUCCCUCCUGCACACACCUGAUCUGCUGACCCAGCUCAUGACCGGGACUUACCUGGGGGUCCCGACCCGGAGUUCACGAGUCGGUCGGAGCCCACAAAGUCUUGAGAUGUUUAACGACGUGGAUCUCUGUCCCGAUGCCUUCGACCUCGCUCAUAGCAAACGAGGACGUGAAAGAAAAGAAAAGCCUUUAAGCACUAUUCAUAUCAUCACGAUGGUACCUCAGUCCAACCCCCGGACGAUGUGCCGGUAUAGCUGUUCCUCACCUUGGCGAUGGAGGCGGAGCUUCUCCCGCCGUCUCUGUUCGAUACUUACAGAUGCAGAGCCUUUGUCCGGCCACACGGACAUCACGGCUGAGAAGUUCUCCCCGUCUGCGACUCCUGAACCGUCUUUUCUGUUUGAGGGACCGAUGCCUCUCCUCCCACGGGGCCCCGCGGGGCCACCUGCCUUUUGUUCUGCAGGUGUAACUGAUUACCUGUGUACGUUGUGCGUUUGCAUCUCUGUGUGUGAAAGAGAAAUGGUGAGGAGGAGUUAGGGGGGCGAGGAGCUGGAAGACUUCUCAUGUACUGAGACCAUCUUCCACGUUUUCUUUUAUCUCUCAUGCAAUGAGAGACGUGAGAGUCUGAAUGUCUCAGAUGAUAAAGACUGACAUCUCCUGGCCUGAAUGUAGGACUGUGAAUGCACCAUCGUCAGAACUCCUGUGCUCUCUUCUUCUUCCUCUUCUUCUGGACUGUAUUGAACAGAUUGGAAAAGGUCUUCAGUCAGUGACCCAAACAGAAUGAUCAGGUGGCUCUGGUCAACACACACACACACACACACACACAUUGUAUUUGAAUAUAGCUCAAUAAGCUCAUGUAAAUACAAAUGUACCCCGUUCAGAGUAUUACAUAAAUGUUGAUAUUUUAAAUAAUAAAACAUGUUUAACAUUCAUACAAUGCAGAAACAGUAUUAUAGAGCCUACUGUGAUAAUCAGCUGUCUGUGUGUGUGUGUGUGUGUGUGUGUGUGUGUGAAGCUUUCCAUGUUGAAGUUACUUCAGUGUUUUCUAUCCGGUGUUUAAAGAUCAACGAUCGAUUGCAUAUAAAGUAUUUACCAAGACGAG